CGCCGCCUUCAGUCCGCAGCCAGAGCCAGCAGCGGCGGCGGCACCUCGGCUGGGCUGGGCUCCCCCUUCGCUCUGGGCGUCUCGCCGCCUUUUCCUGUCUGCAUCCGAUUCCGAGUCCUCCCCCUCCCCCCGCCAUUUUCACCCGGGAGCGGCGCCGGGGCUUCCCGGGCACUCGGCGGGGGGAUCUGCGCCGCGCCUAGGGCUCCCACCAACUUUUCACGCGGCUGUCUCUCUCUGCCUCUCCCCUCCCGCCUCCCUGUCCCUCUCCCGCCGCCCCUGCUGCUGCUCCUGCGGGAAGUUUUCCAUGAGCGCCCCUCCGGUGAUCCGGCCGCCCAGCCCUUUGCAGCCGGCGGCGGGGGCUGCUCCCGGCGGCGGCAUCUCCUUUCACCUCCAGAUCGGGCUGAGCCGGGAGCCGGUGCUGCUGCUGCAGGACUCCUCGGGGGAAUUCAGCCUGGCGCACGUCCGGGAAAUGGCUUGCUCCAUCGUGGACCAAAAGUUUCCUGAAUGUGGUUUCUAUGGAAUGUAUGAUAAAAUUCUACUUUUUCGCCAUGAUCCUACCUCUGAAAACAUUCUCCAGCUGGUGAAGUCAGCUACUGAUAUCCAAGAAGGAGACCUAAUCGAGGUUGUCUUGUCAGCUUCUGCCACAUUUGAAGACUUUCAGAUUCGUCCCCAUGCUCUGUUUGUUCAUUCAUACCGAGCACCAGCCUUCUGUGACCACUGUGGAGAAAUGCUGUGGGGUCUUGUGCGUCAGGGACUUAAGUGUGAAGGAUGUGGUCUGAACUACCAUAAGAGAUGUGCAUUUAAAAUCCCUAACAACUGCAGUGGUGUACGUAAAAGACGACUCUCAAAUGUUUCCUUAACGGGACUCAACACUAUUCGGACAGUAUCUGCAGAACUCUCACCUACCACCCCAGAUGAGGCCCUUCUGUCUCCUUUCAGCCCUGGCUAUGAGCAAAAGACACCAUCUGAAUCAUUCAUUGGGCGAGAGAAGAGGUCAAAUUCGCAGUCCUACAUUGGACGACCUAUUCAACUAGACAAGAUUUUACUUUCCAAGGUUAAAGUGCCUCACACUUUUGUCAUCCACUCCUACACACGCCCAACAGUGUGCCAGUACUGUAAGAAGCUUCUCAAAGGGCUUUUUAGACAGGGCUUGCAGUGUAAAGAUUGUAGGUUCAAUUGUCACAAGCGCUGUGCACCUAAAGUGCCAAAUAACUGCCUUGGUGAAGUAGCCAUUAACGGAGAUUUGCUUAGUCCUGGUGCUGAGUCAGAUGUGGUCAUGGAAGAGGGAAGUGAUGACAAUGACAGUGAAAGAAAUAGUGGUCUUAUGGAUGACAUGGACGAGUCUAUGGCUCAUGAUUCUGAGAUGUCAAUGACAGGAUGCCACAGUGACAAUGGGGAAAUGCAAGAUCCUGAUCCUGACCAUGAUGAUUCUAACAGAAUGAUCAGCCCUUCAACAAGCAACAAUAUUCCACUAAUGAGAGUGGUGCAAUCUGUCAAGCACACAAAAAGGAAAAGUAGCACAGUAAUGAAAGAGGGAUGGAUGGUGCACUAUACCAGCAAGGACACAAUGAGGAAAAGACAUUACUGGAGGCUAGACAGCAAAUGCAUUACACUCUUUCAAAAUGAUACUGGAAGCAAAUAUUACAAGGAAAUUCCAUUAUCUGAAAUUUUGUCCCUGGAACCUGCAAAAAAUUUUUCUUUACUGUCGCAAGAAGCCAAUCCCCAUUGCUUUGAAAUAACCACAGCAAAUAUAAUUUAUUAUGUUGGAGAAAACCUAGAAAACCUCUCAAGUGUUCCACUGAAUAAUAGUGUUCUCACCAGUGGCAUUGGUCUGGAUGUUGCGAGAAUGUGGGAGAUGGCAAUUCAGCAUGCUCUGAUGCCUGUCAUUCCUAAAGGGGCUUCGGUUGGAUCAGGACCCAGCCUGCACAGGGAUAUAUCCAUCAGUAUUUCAGUAUCAAACUGCCAGAUUCAAGAAAAUGUGGAUAUUAGUACAGUAUACCAAAUCUUCCCAGAUGAAGUGUUGGGAUCGGGACAAUUUGGAAUUGUUUAUGGAGGAAAACAUCGCAAAACAGGAAGAGAUGUUGCAAUUAAAAUCAUCGACAAACUAAGAUUUCCAACUAAACAAGAAAGCCAACUUCGUAAUGAGGUUGCAAUUUUACAGAACCUUCAUCAUCCUGGUGUAGUAAAUCUGGAGUGUAUGUUUGAGACACCGGAAAGAGUGUUCGUUGUUAUGGAAAAGCUCCAUGGAGACAUGUUGGAGAUGAUCUUGUCAAGUGAAAAAGGCAGAUUGCCAGAACGAAUAACAAAGUUUUUAAUUACCCAGAUCCUUGUUGCCUUGAGGCAUCUUCACUUUAAAAAUAUUGUUCAUUGUGAUCUCAAGCCAGAAAAUGUACUGCUAGCAUCAGCCGAUCCUUUCCCACAGGUAAAACUUUGUGACUUUGGCUUUGCCCGAAUCAUUGGAGAGAAGUCAUUCAGGCGCUCAGUAGUGGGCACACCAGCUUACCUAGCUCCAGAAGUGCUGAGAAACAAAGGCUAUAAUAGGUCUUUGGAUAUGUGGUCUGUGGGUGUCAUUAUUUAUGUGAGCCUUAGUGGUACAUUUCCAUUCAAUGAAGAUGAAGACAUUCAUGACCAAAUCCAGAAUGCUGCUUUCAUGUACCCACCAAAUCCCUGGAAGGAAAUCUCUCAUGAAGCUAUUGAUCUCAUAAAUAAUUUGCUGCAAGUGAAAAUGAGGAAGCGCUACAGUGUGGACAAGACGCUAAGCCACCCAUGGUUACAGGACUAUCAAACCUGGUUAGAUUUAAGAGAGCUUGAAUGUAAAAUCGGAGAACGCUACAUCACCCAUGAAAGCGAUGACUCACGAUGGGAACAGUACGCAGGAGAGCAUGAUUUGCAGUAUCCAGCACAUCUUAUCAAUCCAAGUGCUAACCACAAUGAAAAUACUGAGCCAGAGGAAGCAGAGAUGAAAGCCCUCAGUGAGCGUGUCAGCAUCCUUUAAGUUGCAUCCCCUAUCAUCUGUCAAAACACUGUGGAAUUAAUAAAUACAUACGGUCAGGUUUAACAUUUGCCUUGCAGAACUGCCAUUAUUUUCUGUCAGAUGGGAACAAAGCUGUUAUACUGUUACCACUGUUGAUGCAUCCGAGUUGCCAAGACAAAUCAACAGAAGCAUUUUUAUUUUGUGUGACCAACUGUGUUGUAUUAACAAAAGUUCCCAGACACACUAAACUUGUUAUUGUGAAUAAUUCAUGUAUUAAAUGCAUUAAAACCUGUCUCCGCUGUGCCUUUGCAAACUAGUGUUUUUCUUACUUGAGCCUCAUAUUGGUAAGAGAGAACCUUUCCAUACCAAUCUCUGUUGUGUGUGCACCAUUAGUAUUGUAAGUGUAAGCAAACUCUUGAAGAGUAGAUUAUUACUGCUGUUCUGUGAACAACUUCUACCAUUUGGAUAAAGUGUUUAUUUGCUAUGGAAAAAAUAUAUUAAGAUAAAGAUAUAAAAAAGCAUGAAAAUAACAAAUUACAUAAUACUGUACAGUUUCAAAUCAGAUGCACCGUCUGUGUAUGUGUAUUUAUAUAGACACAAGCACAAACGGUGCAAACUGCUCUAAAGCCUAAAUGCCUUAGUAAUGUAAACUGCAGUAUAUGUCAGUUGUAUUUCCCCUUUUCUUAAAACAUUCUGCUCUAACAUGUAAAUUCAGAAGCUGAACAACAUGUUGCCUUUGUGUAUGUUUUCAAUAAAAAGUCUUGUUGA